ACACAGCUUAGGGCAUGAGGUCAGGUGAUCAGAUGAUCAUAGAACAUCUCAGAUGAGGAUAUAUAAAGAGCAGAACUGUUUCGUAGAUCAUUUGUCUGUUUAGACCGAAAGGAGGAGUGAUCUACGAGACUCAUUCAGAUCAGAGAAGACUGAAACCAACAACCCUGAGAAAACAUGGGCGACACGUUAAACCAAAAUGCAACUGCAAACUCUUUCGUGCGUCCUCAGUAUUUUUUCAUCACUGGUUUUUCCAACAUACCUCAUGCUCAGUACUACUUCAUGUUCUUGUGUUUUGCUUAUAUCGUUACUGUCUUGGGGAACUCCUUUGUCAUGUUUAUUAUAUACAUAGAUCGUAGUCUUCAUACUCCAAAAUAUAUGGCUGUUUUUACUUUAGCUGUAGCUGACUUGGGUGAGAGUACUGCUGUUUUUCCUAAUGUGAUUAAAGUCUGUCUGUUAAAUAUACAACAAGUAACAUAUGAAGCCUGCUUGUCUAACAUGUUUUUUAUAUAUUUUUUUAGUUCAGUACAGUCUCUCACACUUACUGUUCUGGCAUAUGACAGAUUUAUUGCAAUUUGCUUCCCACUGAGAUACCACAGCAUUGUCACAAACACAACAAUGGGCAUUUUUCUCACUGUGGGAUGCAUUUGUAAUGUUGUGUUUGUAGUGGUUGGAGUAUCAUUGGUAACUAGGCUAUCGUUCUGUAAAUAUAUAGUGGUCGAUAGCUACUUCUGUGACCACGGGCCCCUGUACAAACUGGCCUGCAAUGAUAAUCUGCCAAGUUAUAUUAUAGUGAUGUUAUUCACAGUGUUACAUUAUUUUUUACCAUUGAUUCUGAUUGGUUUAUCUUACGCAUGUAUUUUGUUGGCACUGUUUAAAAUUACGUCAUGGGAAGGACGUCUGAAAGCCUUAAAGACCUGUUUUUCCCACCUAAUAUUAGUAUCAGCAUAUUAUUUUCCAAUAUUGGGCAUUUACAUAGGUGCAAUGGCUGGCUCUGUCCACCGCAAUGCAAGGAUCAUUAAUAUAUCGCUUUCAUAUGCCAUUCCUGCCAUGCUGAACCCCAUUGUGUAUUCCCUGAACACUGCUGAGAUCAAGGACUUUGUAAAAAAAAUUUUCAGAAGAAAACAAUACAAGAGCACAACAGUAACUACGGCAAACAAUAAGUGACAAAUAAUCAACUAAUCAACAAGUGGUUCAGAGACAUUAACAUGAAAUUAAUUCAGGUUUAUUUGUUAUGUACAGUCUAGAAAGAUAGGUUAGUUAUUCCUGCAUUGGAAAUUUAGAACAAGACUUCAAAAUGAAUGUUAAAUUGUUUAAAGAAUGUAAUUAUUAAACAAUAAAUUACUGUGUGUAUAUAUACUUCAGGGCUGUGA